ACAAAUUCAGCAGCUGGAGGAGGAACCCUAAUCCCAUCAGUUUCCCAAUUCCAUUUCUCCAUUGCUACACAAACUGCGGUUUCGUUUCCCCACCUGUUCCUAUACUAUACUACCACAACAAAAAACUCCAAGCACCUACCACUCAUUCCAAUCUGCAAAAGGUCAAUUCGGGGCUUUAUUUAGGUCAAUUGGAGGGAAGGUGGUGUGUGUGGUUUCUUCCUGCCGGCGGUUUCUUGACGAGUUGAAUUUGGGUGCCUCUUGCUCCAGCCAGUACUUUGUUGAGCUGGAUUUUGGGUACCCGGUGACUCUUGCUUGGCUCCAGCUCAAAUCGGUGUCUUGUUGGGUUAAAUAGAAGGAUUCCUGGAUGAGCGACGCCAUGGGGGUCAGCACACUCAAGGCGCCAUAAACUGAGAUGUGAGAUUUGGUGGCGUCAGCUGGUGGUGGAUUCUUGGACCUGAUUUGGCGAGGGACAGCGCCGGAGAAGAACGAUGUCUUUCAGGAGCCUGAUUCAGGACAUGAGGGACGAGUUCGGGAGCAUCUCGCGGCACACCCUGCGGUCCCGGUCCCACCGGUCCGCCGGGAACGCGUCGCGGGCGGCUGCCGCGGAGCCUUCGGAGGCCAUGGAUCAGAGCUGCUGGUCGCAGCUGCCCCCCGAGCUCCUGCGGGAGGUGUUGGUGAGGAUCGAGGCAUCGGAGAGCUGGUGGCCGGCCCGCAAGGACGUCGUGUCAUGCGCCGGCGUCUGCCGGACCUGGAGGGGCAUCAUGAAGGAGGCCGUGCGCGUCCCGGAGGUGUCAGGGAAACUCACGUUCCCCAUCUCGCUCAAGCAGCCUGGCCCAAGAGAUGGCACUCUUAAAUGUUUCAUCAGGAGGAACCGGACUACUCAGACAUAUUAUCUGUAUAUUGGACUGACAGAAGCAUUGGCAGACGAUGGAAAGUUUUUACUUUCUGCACGCAAGUGCCGGAAGCCCACAUGUACAGACUACCUAAUUUCUCUUGAUAAGGUUGAUAUGUCAAAGGGAAGCAGCACCUACAUUGGCAAGCUAAGAUCGAACUUUCUUGGAACAAAGUUCACUGUCUAUGAUGCUCAUCCACCAUACGAUGGAGCUGUGGUCUCAAAGAGUCGCUCUGCACGUGUGAUUGGUUUGAACCAGGUCUCCCCCAGAAUUCCUGCCGGGAAUUAUCCUGUUUCACAUAUUUCGUACGAGCUGAAUGUUCUGGGAUCCAGAGGUCCAAGAAGGAUGAACUGUGUUAUGGACUCCAUUCCUGCAUCAGCUGUUGUGGAAGGAGGGAAAGCUCCAACACAGACUGAAUUUCCUCUUAGCGGCCUUGACUCUUUCCCAUCAAUUCCAUUCUUCAGAUCUAAAUCAGCUCGGAUAGACACAGCUUCGCAAUCAUCCACUCAGAAGGAAGAUAGGCUGGUGCUGAAGAAUAAGUCUCCUAGGUGGCAUGAACAACUGCAGUGUUGGUGCCUUAAUUUCCGUGGUCGGGUCACUGUUGCCUCGGUGAAAAACUUUCAGCUGGUCGCUUCAGAUGACAACGGAUCAGGUAGCCAGGAGAAUGACAAGGUGAUUCUCCAGUUUGGAAAGAUUGGAAAGGACUUGUUCACCAUGGACUACCGUUAUCCAAUAUCUGCAUUUCAGGCUUUUGCGAUUUGUCUGAGCAGUUUCGAUACCAAAAUAGCCUGCGAAUGAGGCAAGGUGCCGGACAAUGAUGGCAGAGGGAAGAUGGAAAGCAGGACUGCAUACAUGAUUCAUGCUUGGUGCUGAAGCAGGAGGUUUGGGAAAUACCGUAUCUCCUGAAGAACCCGUCCAAGGUGGCAAGAUUGAUCAUGGGUCGCUGUGUAAAUACUUAUGACUCGUUGGUCCCGGCUUGUUCUGCCACCACCUACCUUAUUUUUCCUCUUAAUUUCGAUGUAUCCAUUCUUUGCCGGUGUUGGCGAAUCAAAGUCUAGUGUGGAAGACGGCUUGUGCUUGUGUGGCCAUCGGUGACAUGAUGAGUUUGUGAGCAGAAUGAAGAGCUUCCAGUGAUACAGAUAUCAUAAUGUAGUACGAGUUCUUGAGUUUAAUGUUUGGUUGGUGUUU